GCGAAGUAUUCGCACGGUCAUUCCCUCCGAGUCUCCCAUGUCGAUCCGAACGCUUUUCGAGGGUAUAGGUUGGGUUUCUCCCCACUCGCGGACUCCUUCCCACCAAAACCAUGUCUAGCUGUGUUUAGCCCGGACGUCCGUGGGACUCUGCGGUCAAUCUGGGUGAAGCACGGGGGUGCCAUCGCUAAGAACAGCGCCGAAUUCUUCCGCGCUCGAUACUUCUUCUGUACAGGAUUGGAAGACGUGUGGUUUGCACAGCUGAAAGCAAUGGGCUUGAUGAUUCGGCAUGCGAGCUGGAUUUCGGUAUCAGCGGAGGAAGGGCUAGAAGCUCCAGUGUCCAAGUAUAUACUCGAUGAACGCUUUGAGGAGGAGAAGAUCCGGUCUCUUUCGGAGGGCUCACCCUCGCAUUCCUCGGCCUGCACGCAGUCAAAACCUAUGCGUAUGAUCGAAGCGUUCCCUCUAUCUCCCAAACUUGCUCCAGCCGCAAAUCCUCUCAAGCGUUCUCUGGACUCAGAGUUCCACGACCAAUCUCUCAUUGAUCUUGACCCUAGACCGUCAAAGCGCGCCCGUUUGCAUUCUUGCUCUGCUCAAGACAAAAUGCCAUCUGCCCAACUCACUGUGCCAUCCCCAUCUAGCCCCGAGCCCGUUCCCAUGUCAAGCACUCCACCGCAAACUGAUGCUUCGAUUCUGUGUUCUUCCCCAAUUCUACCCAAUGGCUCUUGUUCCAUAUUUCCUACGAACACCAUUCGCAUUUCUUCCAUCAAAUCCAAAGCUCUGUCGCUUGAAAUCUUUCCACGCCUCUCACGCCAAAAACAUCACAAGACUCA